CAAUAUGGUAGGAGAGGUUGUUGUUGUUGAGCGGAUUGUUGUCAUGUCCCCGCAGUGCCUGUAGUGGUGCUGUGAGGAGUCUGCUGUGGAUCCAACAAAAAUCCUCAGCAGCCUACCUACGGCUUGUAAUUUGCUCUGGAUAGCUUGUAUUUACAUGCAUCCUUAUUUCUACAUAUUCCGAGCUCGAUGAAGAUCACAGUUACUUUCCUAUCUCGAAUAUCUAUACACAAAUAGCUUAGCUGAUCCUAGGAGUCUUUUCGGCCGUCUAUCUGGAGCGAAUACCUUACACAGCCCAUACCAGUUCAAGGUAAGCGAAACCGAAUUCAGCCUCGGUCUCAAUUUCUGUGGUAGCCGUCUCACCCAGCCUCGAGUCGGGACGGCGUUCAACUAGAGGCCGCUGUGCCGUUGAAGCUAAAAGGCCUUCCAAUGAUGACUCUUAUUUUAUGAAUUCUCUUGAGACCAAAUGACACAAUGUUACAAACUAAAGCAGUAAUUUGGACAGUAUUAACAGCUGUGUGUCCAUUAGACUGCUAGUGUCAUAUUAUGUAACGAUAGUGCCCAUCAGUCAUAUCGAUUAUUGUGGAGGCCUUCACGAAUAGGCCUCAAAGCCUUGUAUUUGGACCCUUUGUGUUUAAGUAUUUGCCCAUGAAUUCAUCAUUUAUACGUAUUCAAAAAUUCCAUGCCCACGGCCGAUCAAGUAUUUGGUCUAUUUUGCGACUAUGUUAAAAGUUUCCCACUCAAACUUGACUGAAAAUAAAGCUUUAUAGUAUUGCCAUUCCCUGAUGUUUCCGUUUCCUGGUUAGCUACCGCCUACUAAUUUGUGUUUUUAGCCACGUUAGCUUGCUAGCCCACCACCAAUUUUUACUUUUGAUUUCUUUGUUUUUAAACUUGAAUCCGUUCACUGUAAGAUGGAUAAAGUAAUCGAUCGAAUCAGGGGUAUUUUGCAGAUAUAUCUAUAAUUUACCGGUCUAAAGUUUCUCUUUGCCUUUAAGCUAACAAGCUAUCUCAGCCUACGUGAGAAACCGUUAGCUACCUGUCCGGUUCUCCGUCUUUACUUUAAAUAAUUUACGUAAACAAAUACUAUUUAACCAACCUGUACAUACACGGGAAAUUAAUUCCCAGCUGUCGGGACCAUAAAACACUGAAAUCUAACAUGUAAACACGCUGUGUUAUUAAACUCAGCAGCAAUGCUAAAGCUGUAGCUUGGAUGCUAUGACUAUCACAAUUAUAGAUGAUAAAUAAAGUGAUCCGCCGAUGGCAUCAUAUCUUUGAGGGUGGUUUUAUCAGCAGGCAUAACAUUUAAAAAUUUCCUAUUAUAAUAAUUCUCAUCGGGAAAGGAGACUUUCAUUGAGUUCUCGGCUGGCGCUACAAUAAUGUUUAACUUUACACUCCAGCAACAAACAGUUUCGUAACUUUUACUUUGUUAUGUACGCUACGGUAAUGCUGUUUUGUGUCUAAUCAGGACUGUAUUACUCGAUUUCUACCUUUAAAUACAAUUGAGUAAAGUAGCCCAUUCUAUUUUAGGAGCCGUUUCUCAAUCAGGUAUUUUGACACUGAAAAUUAGGGGGUAUUGAGGCAACUAACCAGCAUUUACAGUUAGUCUGACUCGACUGUGAUGUUUCUGAGUGUUUUUCAGACUUAAGCUCACUAUUUAUAUGCCAUCCGUAGCGCGCACUAGUAAGUAACAUGACACCCAAUAAGAAUGUACAAGUAUGUGGGCUUUUGGCGUGUUGAUUCUCAUUUAAUACCUAUAUUAGCUGAGGUCAGCUGCUGAAAGGUGACUGUUUUCUUGCCUCUAUUCCCUGCAUGUGCAGGCACAGUUACCUCUGUAGUAUGAAGUAUGGUGAUGUAACUCUUGAUUUCCCCUGACUUUAUCCCAUCAGCUGAUGUUGUCACGAACAAGAGUAACGUGAUGUAUGAAGGCAAACACAUACACUUCUCAGAGGUGGACAAUAAGCCCUUGUGCUCAUACAGCCCAAAGCUCUGCAAGCAGCGCAGACUAAAUGGCUAUGCUUUCUGUAUACGGCAUGUAUUGGAGGAUAAGACAGCCCCCUUCAAGCAAUGUGAAUAUGUGGCCAAGUACAACAGCCAGAGGUGUACCAACCCCAUCCCCAAGUCUGAGGACCGCAGGUGUGUAUAUUUAUGUGCACUUUUUAUUUUUAUAUGUAAAGAUUAUGUUAAAUGUGUGCUUUGUUUGCUGACGAUGUUGUGUUGUGUUUCAGAUACUGCAACAGCCACCUUCAGGUUCUGGGAUUUAUCCCCAAGAAAGAACGUAAAAAGAAACAUGAUGCGUUGGAAGAUAUGCGCUCGCGGGCUCAUCUGGAGUCAGUUGCCCUCAACAUAACAGUGCCCUCUUUAGCCCUGAAAGCCCCUAAUGGUAUAGAUGAACUUCCACCAUCUCCUCCCUGUACACGCCUGUUACCCCUCCCUGAUGGGGAACUCCUGGACCCUUUUGCCUUUUAUGAGGAUGACACAGAUGGUGAGGAGGUUGGAACUCCCCGGAAGGCCAACGCCAUCAAGAAGAAGCUUCAGAGUCGCCUGGUGCUCAACCAGAAACUCUGCCAUGACACGGACCUCUUCCAGCCACCUCCUGAGCACUUUAGUCCUUCUCCCAUCUCCCGCGUUCACCCCUCCUCGCCACUCAACACACACCUCCCACGGCAGCAGUCAGGUCUUCUUCAACCACCCCAGCACUCCAGUGUGACUUCCUUCAUCUUCCCAGGAAAGCAGCAGGGUUUAUUAUGCAAUCCAUCACCACCUCAGACAGUCAACUUUCUGCCUCCAGGGAUGCCUGCUAAUGCAGCACCCAGUCCAGUGCAACCCUCUGGGCCAUCACUCAGCAGGAAAAUGCCUUUCACUGCUACUCACUUGCCUGUUAGUUGCAAAGACAGUGGCGGCAGCAAUCAGCGGCAUGUGGUUGUCAUGCGUCCUGCUGCCUUUUCCCCUUCUGCCAGCUGCCUGGCCAGGUUGCAACACCUGGUUCAGCUCUGUGCCAAGAGACACCAGGAGCAUGAAGACCUCUUUCCUCAUCUAGGUGCUUAAUUUUCAUGCAUUUACCAGCUGUUCUUGUUUUUAUAAAUACAUUUACAGCCUCUUUGAGUGUAGAAUUAAAAAUUUAAGCUUGCUUUGAGUGAUUAGCUGCUCUAACAAGUUGUCUUCCAGGAUUGGAUUGGUCAGAAGACAGCGCUGAUGAUGCUGAUGAAGAAGAGGAUGUGACAUUUGUACCUUACCAGAGCUCUUGGAGACCGCAGAAUGGGUUAGUAUCCCAAACUUUGCUCCACAAUGUAAAAUUCAACAUAUGACAUCUUCUCAUGUCUCCCGUCAAUUGUUUUCUUCAACAGGCUGGAAGAUGACAAAGGUUCGCGGCGAACACGGCUACUCCGGCUUUGCUCGUACCUCCGGGAGAAAUACAAGCACAUGUGCCGUGAGGAGAGGGCGUUCAUCCGCCAGAAGAGAUACCGUUAUGCCUUCCGCAAAGCCUUGCUGCAUGCCGCCAGUAACAACCCUGACUGUGCUGGGCAGCUGAUCCAGGAGCUACGAGGUGCCUCUCGAAACUCUUCAAGGUAACAUGGCGUCUGUCCAAGGAGUUAUUUUUUGUCUCUUUUGAUCUCUCGGGACUAUAAUUAUAACAAUGAGCAAAAAUCUGAAUGCUUUAGAGAGCAGCAUGGUCAAACAAGGAAAAAAAAGACUCCUAGUUUAAAAUGUACGUAGCAAACCUUUAGUUGCUACUGCUUUCUUAGUCUUUUUUGUGUGUGUGUCUACAGUGGUUCUCCGGCAAGGCAGCAGAAGACCGAUUCAGGGACCUGCACUGGCAGAACAAAGGGCCAGGCCUGCACCAACAGAGCACUGCCCUUUACUCAACACUGCUUUCAGCGUAUCCUUUCCACCACAAAUCUGAUAGUUCUGCUCUGUUGCAACAUGUGUACAACGUUAUCUAGUUAGAGUCUAGUGUUAAUCCGUUUUUUUCGACACCUGUGUUAUGGUUUACUAUAAUCCCAUACCUUUUUGUUGUCUCUGGUUUCACAUAAGUUCCUUGAUUGUUCACUGUAGAUAUUCUGCUGAAUCGUUCCCAGCAGCUCUUUGCUAGCUGCACAGCCAAAUUUGCAGAUGGUCAGCAGUGCUCCAUCCCUGUGUUUGAUAUCACGCACCAGACACCACUCUGUGAAGAGCAUGCCAAAAAAAUGGUGAGUUUUAACUUUAGAAGUUAAAGUACAGAGUUAUGGUCAUAUUCCUUUUUCCUUUUUGUUCGACAGAGUUGGCUAAGAGGAUUGAUACCAAUGUUAUUUGUAGUAUGAAUACUUCCUAACAUAGCUUAGCGUAUAGACAGAACACAGGGGGGGACAAACAAUCCUGUCUCUGCUUCAUGAUGACACAGUGCUCCUCCAAAUAUUCCACACAGGAUAACUUCCUGCGAGGGGAUGGUAACAGACGAGUGCAGCACCAGCAGCAACAACAGCGAAAGCCACGCAAAAAGACCAAACCACCGGCGCUCACCAAAAAACACAAAAAGAAGAGGAGGAGAGGACCGCGGAGGCCGCAGAAACCCAUCCCCCCAGCGCUACCGCAGGGGAACCUGGGAAUGCCUUCUACAAGCCUCGCAAUGCCGUCUCAGGCCAGCAUCAGGUCCGUCUUUCUCAACUGCGUAGACAGAAACUCAGUGUGCAGAUACUCUCAUACACAGACAUGGCAAAUAGGUCCUUGCUGUUCUUCUCUGAACCUUUUUCAUUGUUUUUGUUGCAGGAGCCCUUCAACUCCAGACCUGAGCACAGAUGAGCUUCCUGAUGACAUCACCAAUGACAUGGCAGACAUUCCAAACGACCUGGAGCUCAACCAGGAGGACUUCUCCGACGUGUUGCCGAGACUACCUGAUGACUUGCAGGACUUUGACUUGUUUGAAGGUUGUCAUAGAGUUCUGUCUUAUGCACUACUAUGUGUAUAAUAUCACAGUUAUCCCUGUGGUUUUACAGUGUUGUUGUUGUUGUGUGGAUGUUUGUGUUCAGGUAAGAACGGGGAGUUAUUACCCACUACAGAGGAAGCUGAGGAGCUGGUGCGUGCUCUGCAAGCUAUGGGCUCCUACCCAGAUUCCCUGGUGUGCCUGACCUCUAUAGGAGACCUAGCCCCCUCUGAAGGAGUGGACCAUCGAGCCAUGACUGUGUUCCCCGGUCCAGUCCAGCCAGGGGGGAUGGGAGAUCUGCUGAACAGCCGCAUACCCACGGAAAACUUCACCAGCCUGGAGCUGGAGGAAAACCUACUGCAGUCCACUGGGAGUCAGUUUCCCACUUCACCACCAUCUCAGCCCACCAACCAACCCCCAACAUCAUGCUCUAACCUGACCUCAUCUUCUUCUUCUACCCUGACCCCCUCCACCACCUCCCUGCUCACCCAAACCUCCAUAACAGAGCGAACGUUUUCACGGACACACACAUCACACGUGCUGGCAAAGUCUGAUGCAUCCACAUCGUCUCCUCAAGGCAGUCACUACAGCAGUGAGCACGUGCCAUCCCCGUACAGCGACCACAUAUCCUCUCCCCACGCUGGCUCUUUUCAGACAGACCCCCCUCUGCUUCUGGAAGUCCCCCUCAGUGGGGCACCCGGACCCCCACGCUCAUCAUGGAACAAUCUCCCUCUCCCUCUCACUGUCACCGACCCUGCUCAGUUUGGCAAUCUCAUAGGAUCAGAAAGUCAUCUCAUAUCCACCUCCCUAUCAACUCCCCCAGCCACCACCAACUCUGUGACGCUGCAGCCCAUGGCUGCACUCUCAGCAAUGCCUCAGAGCGGCAUGACGGGCCUAACAACUCCCUCUGCGCCCUCGUCCUCAUCACAUGAUCUCCUGACCUCCACACAGCCCAAGCAACAGCUCCCUCAGUUCAGCGCUGCCUUCGGCCAUCAACUGGCCUCCCACAGUGGCAUCCCGAAAGACGUGCAGCCCAGCCACAGCUCCACAGCGCCCCCAGCUGGCUUUUCAAUAGUUAGUGCCACCGCUGCAAGUGCCAAAAGCGCCACGCCACCUUUCACGCAGAGUAAAUGAGAGCAGGCGGCCUGCAGCGGCUGCAUUACGGAGUGUGGACUCACAGUCACUUACAACCCAGCAGACCAUCCCUCUCCAUCUACUACAUGUGUGCAAUGUGGUAAUAGUGCACUAUUUGAUAAUGAUUUUGCACAAACCUCAGAUAACCCUCAAUAUUUUCUAUUUUCUUUCUUGAAAAAUCUUCAGCCAGGCAGUCUCUGGGAUUGUACGUCAGUGCGAGUCCACCCGCUCGAUGCCUUGUGGUUUUGCUCAGCAGAGGGUUCCAGCGACACUCUGUGAUGAAAUGAACGGGUGAAAAUAGGUGGAAGGACCUUAACAGAGAUGAUGUGGUCACGUCGUCUCUGACGAUCGACUGUACCCUGCCUUGCUCAGAUGGCCAUUGCAUUCGUUUAUUUCUCCACCUGUUCCUCACAAUGCUUCUGUCACCCUCUGGAAAAGACAAGUACUGGUUGUGAUCUUUGUGACCCAUUAUGUUUCGAGCUAUUUAACUGUUAUCAUGGUAUAGAAUCUUACUGAGUCAGAUUUCACAGUCAUAUGGAUUUACCAAAAUACUUUUAAACAGCUGUUUUUUAUAUUGUGUAUACUGUUUAUGUGCUCAUGUAUAGGUUUGCUCAGACGUCAAAAAUCUCUGACCUCACCAUUGGUUGUGGGACUCUGAGUGGCCUAGUAGACACUUGAAGGUAAAUAUAGUUUCUUAAAGCAAUAAACACAUUAACAUAACUCUAGCAUCAUAAAGUAUUCUAUUGGUGUCAUUACAUGUAGCUUCAUUAAAUGAAUCUAGGCUGGAUCAGGAAGAUAUUUGGCCUCUUGAACUGUUGUAAACUUUUUUACUUUACGACAGUCUCUCAUAAGUAAAAGCCUCUAGUGAUCAACCUUCAGGUCAGCCGGACUUCUGCUCUGGAGUGGAUUUUAAAGCUUAAACAUGACUUUCAGUGUUAAUGCGUGGGGUGAUGAAGGCGCAAUCCAGGGACUUUUAAGUGUCUACUCCCAAAGGUGCUCUGUGGUCCGCAUAUACAAUGGUCUUCUUUCUUGGCAAAGAGAGAGAGCAAAUUCAGUUUCAGGACUCAAAGGAAACUCACUAGAACUAUUCCCAUUGAAGGCGAAGGAGUUUACUGUCUGUUUUACUCAGUUAUUAAGUGAUUUUUAAGCUAAAAGCAAACCUGGGGUCUGAUUUUAACUCAAACUGAGAACUCUGCAUACAGAGAGAUCCUCCCCCCGUCUGUCAACGACUCAUUCAACAGUACACCAUGGCUUUUAAUAGAUAUAAGACAUUUGACGGAUUGUCAGAAAUUGUUGAGUAGUAGGUAUAUAGAGUAGAAGUCUCUAUCUUGGGGUUUGUCGGUGAAUUAUUGAGUAGCAAUGGAUUGAAAUUGUUAUUUGCAAUGUAUUCAGUGGAACCUGUGUCUUGUAGAAUGAGUCUCUUGUUUUUUAAUGGCUAUCAAAACGCUUGUUCAGUUCUCUAUGAAGUCGGAGGGAUCAAUGUCUGUAUGCUGUGUAUGAUGUCAGUUUGUUUUUAAUUCAUAUUCUGAUGGAGAAUAUUUUUUGAUAGCUAUUAAACUCCAGGAUAAAAGUCUGAGAUUGCAUGGGGCAGCAUUAGUAAUGAUAUCAACACAUGAUCAUGGUGGUCACUGGCUGGAUUCUCAGAGGUGAAAAUUAUAGGCAUACACAGUCAAUGGGUAAAUACAUGACCAUUUCAUUUCACAGAUUGGAGGGGUAACAGUUCAUUUUUUUCAACAUGAAUUUGCACAGAAGCGGGUGGAGGUUGGCGGUGUUUUCACGUGUCCCGUGUCUGUCUUGCCUUUUUUUUAUUUUUUGUUGUUGUUGCUUGGACGCUCAUUAAAUGAACAGCUGCCAUCAUUACCAGCUCUGAGCCUACACCAGACCCCCCCCUCCCUAAUUCCCUCCUCCCAUUUCCAGCUGUGAGGAGGCCCAGUUCUGUCUCUCCCUUCCAAAGAGAAAACACAUUAUGAAGUGUGAACCCGUAGCUCCACCGGGGACGACCGGGCCUCUCAGUUACUGCAGUGUUGCCACUAAUAAUCAUUAACACAGUGCCCCCCAACACAAUGUUCAAUUAAAAAAAUAUGGAUGAAGAAGUCUGCGAGGCAUUACUGCUGUAUCCACAUAGCAUGAGAUUAAUCACUGCACCAGUUUGUUGUCUGGAAAAUCACGUAGAACAAAACGAAAACAGGGCUCAUAGGCACAUUUAACUGCUCGAAUUCAGAAAUGGCUGACAAAUUCCUAUACUCAUUGAAUGUACUGUAUUACUGUUUUUAAAGAUAGGAUGAGCUAAUCUAGUCACCUUUUGUUAUUGGUCCUUGUUUAAUUUUGUCUAAGGUAUUUUUUGUAUACAAAGGUUUACAUUUUUAUGUAUAUUUUCUUGUGUACAAAUUAUGUAAUAUGUGUACAAACACUGUAUGUAAUAUCUGUAUAUAGUGUGAGAAAUUUGAUCUUUUGUUUUUGGAUGUAUAAAUAAAACUUGCUGUGAGGUAUUUGCUGACAUAGUUUGUUGUGGGGUUUUUGUUAAUUGGUGACACAUUGUUUCCAUCAGACAUGGAGAAGUGGUUACAUGCAUGCUGCAGUGGGCUGAGGCCUAAUAUGCCUUUAAGAGCUUUUUAGCAGCUUUACAUGAUUGACAGUUCAACAAACUCUUAACAUGUUUCAGGCUGCUGUCUCUGGAAACCCUCACUUCAACCUCUGUCUGAAAGCUUCAUUUACACCACUGUCCCUUUAAGGCCCUUUAGGUAUUUGAGAUCCCAUCAUUCUGGAAGCCUCCUUCACUGCUGCCAUGUGUUUUCAAAUGAUAAGGAAAGCUUUUCUUUGUAUUUUGAUCAUAUCACAUUUUCCCUGUCUGUGGCAGAAGUUUGUGUAUGCUCAAUAUUGAAACCUCUGUGUCUUUAAGGUGCACCAUACAAAAGGUCAUUUUGACAACAGCUGUUUCAGUCACAUCCAGAUGAAGUCAGUUUAAUACAAUCAGAAAGACUCUGAAAUGGAACAUGUACGUCAGAUUCAAACAUGGCUCAGAGAUGAUAGAAUUUUGGAUACAUUUUCAAUUAUUGUGUUGAUUCUUUGGCAUCAUGAAUUUCAGCCAACACUUUUAAGAUAAGAUAUUCCUUUAUUUGUCCCUCAAGGGAAAAUUCCAAAGAAAAAAACUCCCUAGAAUUUGCGGAGCUGCUGUAAAGGGCUGCCAUUCGUCCAGCAGUGUCGAAAACAAAUGAGGAGGUAAGUUUUACAGCUGUCGUCAAAUAAAAAGAGCACAAUAUCCCUUAAGGUUAUCAGUAAAUUUGAGAAGAUUUGUACGAAAACUUUUCAAGAUACAUUUUUUCUACGUUAAAAGUUUGAACAGAACAGGUCAACUCACUGAUAGGUUUUGUUAUUAAGGGGUUAUUUAUGUACUCAACAAAUAAAUGAAGCACCUGACAAAAAAUCUUGGUCAACAGUUGCAUGUAAAUCAUUUUCUAGAAGGCAUAUAUAUCUGGGGUCAGUGAUAAUUGAGGAUAAUAGGAGGAUUAAAUUAAUGUAGUCCUAAUAAGAAUAAGAAGAACUUUAAUAAUCCCUGAAGGGAAAUUCAUUAUAAUAAUAUAUUAAUAAUGGAGUCAGGGUAAGGGGCUGUGUUCAAAGUGUUUUCUCUAUAUGUGUAGGUAACUGUACAAAUCAAGCUAAACCAGGGUGGGAAUACAGUGGUGCAUAAACUAAGCCAAUUUUCUAUAUGUGGGUAAAUGAAGGUUUAUGUGUUUUCCAAAUCCCACCUAAUGAAACAAUGAGGACAAUUCAAACAACGGCAAAGCUGUUCAUCAAAUUUGCACUGGAUUUUAUUUUCUGUAAUCAUUUGACAACUCUCAAUAGAUCCAACAGCACUGUCCUGAAUUUGCAAAAAUGUAUACUGGACUAUAAAACUGUCAGCAAAGACACACAAAAUGAAAUGUACAUUUUAAGUGAUUGCUCUCCAGUGUUUACUAAAACUUAAACACAUCACUGAACCAAACUUUACGCCCUCAAUUACAUAAUACUGCUCAUUUGGGUUAUAAAAAUAGUUCAAUAGAAUAUAUGCCUACUUGUGCUGAGAAAUGACUCCUGGCGUCCACACUGCUUUAUUGCCAUACAACACACAAAGAGGGAGAUGAUGAAAGAGAGUCAAACUGGUGGAACUGCAACAUGAGAAUGCAGCUUCUUUAAAGUACCAUUUUUAAAACCAAAAUAAAUCUGCAAAGUGCAACAAAUAAGAGAAAGACUCAGAACAGCAUGGUUUUAAAGGUGCUAAUUGUUUUGAAUGUGUCCCAGUUGGGCUGUGAGCCUCACAUGGCACAUUUCACAGGACAAGCUUCAAUGAAGAGCUGAUUUUCACAGAGGAAAACUGACAUACAGAAGCAUUUACAAUGAGGAAUUAACAGUCUGAUGCAUCUUCCUGAUUUGGUUUCUAUUCAAAUGUGUACGAACCAAAGGUAAACAGCAGAGGACAACGGGGGAGAUGUUCUGUUUAAAUUAUAUACAAAGAAGUUCAGGGAAUAGUUUCAACUUUGGGACAUACAUUAGUUCGCUUUAUGGAGAAAGCAUGAAGCUACAGUUGGGAGUCAGUCAGCUUGGUUCAGCUAAGAAAAAAAAAAAACCUGGGUAGAGCAGGAACAGCCAAGAUGCUUCUGUCCAGAUUGUACAAAAUCCACCUUAAAGGCUUUACAUCAUGUAAAUUACAAAAAAGAAAAAAACACACUCCGAUGUCAAAGUAACACAUUCUAUGAGCAGCACCUCACCAGGAAGUGACUUGUUGCACCAAGAAAAUAUCCAAAGCCUAAGUGUGUGAGAUAAGGCAGACCUCUCAUUUUACCCUCAGUUUUGUGUGUGUUGGACCAGAUAUGUAAAAAAAAAAAUCAGUCUCAGAUGUGCUUAUCGAUUCACAGAGUUUGGAAAAAGUCAGACUAGCUGUUUCUCUUUUUCCACUCUUUGUUAUAACUUUAUAAAUGAGGGGCACACUUGUAAAAGCAUGUAUUUUCUGUCUCUUUCUCUCCUUGAGUGUGGAUUAUCAUAUUUAUAUAUUUUUUUAUCAUAUCUGCUGAGCUCUAGCUUUGAUUUUCUUUUAACUUUGUACCAUGUAUUGCCCUGUAGCAAAACAUCAUCCCACUCUUAAAGAGUUUUAUCAAAAGUCCUCGGGUCUACUUGUUCACAUUCUGGAAAGAAACAUUUUUGAUCACUUUUAAAGUAUUGCUGCAAAUUCAUAUUAAUGUGAGAAGGAGGGGGGAAAUAAAUCACUAAAAAAUAAGAAAAGAAAAAACAUUUGAUCCAACAUUUUAAAGCUGAUGCUAUUUACCUCAUUCACCACAAAUACUCUAAGGCUGAUUCAACUCUGUUCAGGACUCCACAUUCCUCCAGCCCUGCAGCAGCGUGCUACAACACACACUGCUCAGGCUGCCCGAUAGGCUUUCUUCUCUCAUACUAUCAUGCGCAUUCCUUUCAAACUACAGUUAGAAGAAGUAGCAGUGCCGCUGGUCUCUGAACACCUCCUGGCUUUUAUGUCAAUAUGUACAACUGACAGCAGGGUCGUCUACUUAAUGUGAGAAGCCUGAAUGCAUUUACUGUACAACUAAAAGAACUCUCACAAGUCUGAACAGAAAGAUACAGCCCAGCCAGGCGAGUUUGACAAUGCAUGACCAACUCCAGAGUCCAAGCUGUGAGACUUCAGGGAGGGACUUUCUUUUAAAUCCCAGAUAGCAUACCUGCAAAAUACUAAGUCUCAUGCUACUGUUUUAUGGCUACUUUGUUUAUAGUCAAAGGCAUUUAUACUUGAAGUGCAAUUAAAGCUGUAGGUACGCUGAGGAGAUAGAUAGUACCAGUGCAGCUCCUAGGAAGACUAAGAGAGUCUGCUGAUUAAGAAACUAGAUGAUGGCACUGCCCUGUCAAUGGAAUGAAUGAAUGACGAGACCUCGGUUUAUCUAACCUGUCAAGAAAAAAAAAAAAAAAAACACAGCAAAGAAGGAAAAAAUGUAGGUUAGGCAAAGUCCGACAGACCAGCACAGCUCUAGGCCAUGUCAAAUGAGUCAGACGACAGAGUAUCCAGUGUUCAGAACUGGUCGGGGGCUUCAGCGGUCCAGCCUGGUUUUGUUUUUACAUUCUCUGAAAUAAGUACAACCACAGCAUAAGAGUAUGAAACCAAAGCGCUGGAGAAAAACGGAUCAUAAAUCAAAGUAAAACACGCUAAAGGGCAGCCAUGUCAUUCACUGGAUGAUACUUAAAAACUUUUACAACUGGAGAAAUCAAAGACUGAUAUACAAAAGAACGAGUAAAAAGGCAAGGCAAUCUCAUAUAUGGCCGUUUUUAGUCUCUCAAAAUAUUUACCUCAAACCCAUUAUCUACAGUUUGCAUUUGGCCAUUUGUACACAGUGGUUCCAUUAGAAACGCUUCUUUAUUUUGUCAUGAAUCUGUAGAAAUUAGCUUAUUUACAAGUCUGUACAGCCACCCUAAAGAGCUCGUUCCAUCUCCCAGAGGCCCCAGUCCACUUAAAGCAGGAUACCUGAGUUUUCAAUAGAAUGCUUCAACCCACUCGUCACUCCUCUCACCACACGUUUCACAGGAUAUUCGCGCAGCCACGCACACACAUGCACACAAUUAAUUAAGCAAAGAAUUUCCUCUGUAAGGAUGCCAAGUGCAAACCUUUUGUGUAAAAAGCCACUAAAACCAAAAACUCAAGAGUCCUCGCAGAGAAAGCCGAAAAUGAAACCAGUUGUGGUGGAGGUAUUGAGAAGGGACAUCUUACAGCAAGCUGGCCACUCACUGUCCUGAACAGGACCCUCUGGUGGUGUGCUAGCGUAUAAACAGACAUUAAGUAGGCCAGGGUUUGCUUCAGGCAAAUGAGUGAUGGAGACCUUCCUGGGAGACUUCAUCCCGGCUGUGGAGGUCAGAGGAAAAGAUCUGACUGCUACCACCAGGGUGGAGAAUUAAGAGCAGAGCUGGAUGACGCUGCUCUCAGUGGGCAGCAGCUGCAUGUGGCACAGAAAACCUGAGAAAAACCAGAGACAGAUUUUAUUUCUCUUCUGAGCAAACCUCCAUAAAACCACACAAAUAUCUUUUUUUUACUUUAAUCAGGGUGUCAAACAUUUCCAUGCAAAAAACAAUCUUACAAUGAUGCAAUGAAAACGGCACCCACAUUACCUCUGAAGUCUCUGCACUAGUUCAGCUACCAGGGAGUCACAGAUCCCUGGGUGUGUUUCUUCUGCCAGGAAAAUGGCCUCUCGCAGCUCCUCUGCAGCCUCAGGUUUUCCAUUACUGGUCUCCCCCUUUUCUUUUAACUGCAACAAUGAGAGCUUUUAAGGAACCGCAGAAUCUCAAAUAUUCAAAAAUAAGAGGAAUAAUAGACAAAAUAAAAGCAUUUGAGCACAUGAUGCAGAUCAGUCUGUGUGAUAACCAUCCUGUCCUGAUAGUGAUGUUCAGAUUUGAUUUCACUUUAGGACAUUACCUCAGUAAACAAAGGAGAGAAGAUUGUUGAUAAGCUUUGUGACAAAGGCCUCUUUGGACACUCCUGCACCUGGUUGUCUUGUUGUCUUUCCAGCUCGGCCGGCUGUGCCGCCCCGUUCUGCAUCUUCUUGAGGUCUUUCUCCCUGAUGGUGUUGAAGAUCCAUUCGUCGUUCGCAGCAUUAUCUCCUCCAGAUGCCUGGCCAUCUGACUCCCUGCAGUCACACAGGUUUGACAGAAAAUAACGUGUCAACAACAACAUCAACAACAGAGCUGCCUGAUUUGCCUCAGGUUGUGAAUUUUACGGCUUUCCUCCUUUUAAUAUUCCAAGGGAGGACUUACUCGUCAGAGUCUUCAGAGCUGGAUUCAUCCCUUGACUGCUCUGAUUUCCACCUCUUGUAUCUGUCAAUCAGCUCUGUCAGAUAUGACGUCUUUUUGGCAUGCCUUACAAUGUACUUGUGUUUUAACAGCUCUUUGGCAGUUGGCCUCUGAGAAAAAACAUAGAAACUAUCAGUCUAUAUUUAAUAAUAAAGCGCAAUACUGCUCCCAAUCAUGUAAACAAGUCUGUUGAACCUACAAAGCUCGGCUCCUUGUUUAAACAGGCUUCCACAAACUCUUUGAGUGGUUUGCUGUAGUUUCCUUCCAGAGUUGGUGGGUUGUUCUUUGGGAUGAGAAAUAAGACCUUCAUAGGAUGAAGCUCAGAGUGGGGCGGCUCUCCUUUAGCCAGCUCGAUUGCUGUAAUUCCUAAUGACCAGAUGUCUGCCUGUAAAACAAAGACAAACAAAUCCUGUUGUUAUUAAAGCAUUGCACUCACUCACACACACACACACACACACACAUACACUUCUCCAGAAAUAGACAGAGUGACACAGAGCUGUCUGAAUGACAUUUAAAGUGGCUGAUUUAAGCAGCAUGGGUGAAUUAGAGGAAGCUCUGCAGACUGAGGACUGUGACAUAGUGGCUGCAUUGAGAAGCCACACUGACUCAUACUGUGGCCAUCCCCAAAAUAUGCACUUGCUCGCUCUAGUCUUGAAACCCGGCCUUAGAAACUCAUGACAAAAACAAGCACACAUGGGUCAACAGAACACAAAAAAGAGAGCAGAGUUUUUCAUUUUGAUUGUACUUUUCACCACCUUUAAACAAAACACUCCUUUAGAUAUUGAUAUUUUUAUACAGCUUGAAAACAGAGAAGCUAAAAAGCUCAGAACUACCCUUUAGUGAUAGUGUCUUAUGCCAGCACAUGACUUCAACCUGUGCUGGACCUCUUCAUCAAAACAGCUGUCAUAUGACUCACCUCACCUCUCUCUGACUGUUCGAGCGAACUCAAAUAAUCUUGUGGAGGCAAAGUGAAACCUUCAUUUCAAAUUUGAGCCCAGAUCUAUCAUGGACUGUUUGACUUGACAUAUUGUCACUAUUACGUCCAAUACAAGUCGUUACUAUCCACAGAAACAGCCUCAGCAGCAUACAUUUGACUGUGAAACUUCACUGACAUCAAAUAAGUGGAAUAAAGGAACACCCACUGAUCCAGAUCUUCACUCAAACCCAGCAUGUGGUAAAUCCACACUUGGCUUUUCAGACCAGCUGAUAAACCAAUCACUCUUCGCUGCUUUGUUUUGCAGUUUCAUAGAGAAGAUCAGAAGCAACAGUGUUAUAAAAUGACUGGCAGGAGACUUGAUGUAUUUCAUAAGCACAACAAAACAGCCAACAGCAGUUCAUUACUGUGGAUGAAAGACAUUUAUCUGAACAUGUGAAGAAUGAUGAUUUUCUUUCAGUGUGUGGUAAAACACCAAGCGGCCUGACCUUUGAAUCGUAGGCGGACUGCUUGAUGACUUCAGGUGCCAUCCAGAAAGGAGUACCGACAAAUGUGUUUCUUUUUAUCUGGGUGUCUGUCAGCUGGCCCGCCACGCCGAAGUCUGCCAGCUUCACGUCGCCUUGUUCCGACAGCAACACGUUGGCAGCUGAAAGCAAGAGAGACAACAUGAGCUGCUUUAAACGAGACUGUACUGUAACCUGCUGUGUGGUUUGAUCUUUGUUGAUCAAACUGGUAAUUAAGUUUUGCAUAGAUACAAAAAGGUCUCUAAGGACUUUACACAGUCACAAAGUGAAGACAGGAAUCCAUCAGUAGAUAGCUGCUCUUCAUUACCUAGCACUCAGACAUUUACAAAAGUCAUGACUCAGACACUGGACUGAAAAGAAAUAUGAAUCCUGAGAUUGAAUAUGUGUAAUCCACCUUUUUUUUUGUAAAACAUUUCCUCUGCUGCUUGUAAACACUGAUGCCAGUAAACCACUUCAGUGUUAUUACCAUCACCACAAAAUAUGACGUCAAGGUUUAACCGUUUACGAGGCUCGGAAGAAGAAAAAAAAAAAACAAGGAAAUGGUGUGUGCCUGUGUCACCUUUAAUAUCUCUGUGGAUUUUCUUUUCAGAGUGCAGAUACUCCAGCCCUUUUAAGAUCUCUCUCAGGAUCGUGGCAAUCUGGGUUUCAUCCAGAGCACCUGGUUCCAGCUAAGAACAGAGAAAUCACAGAGCACGAGUGAGAACACUCUGUAAGCGGGCAAAAAUUUCACACGUUUUAAACAUACAAAAACGGACUAUUGCCACGCAAAAAAAUACAUUAUUUCAUUAGGACUGUAUGUACUUACCAAAUCCAGGGCUGAUCCUCCACCCAAAUAUUCCAUUAUUAUCCAUAACUUUGUACCCUGAAAAAUAAGUCAGUGAUCUGGUCAGGUUAGACAAUCUUAACAACUUAUACUUAAUAUGCUUCUAAACAAAUCAAAUCAAAACGACACAACAGAGUAUUUUUGUGGCUUCAAGUUGUUAUCAGUUAUUAUUUACAUCAUAUCAGUUGUUUUUAGGGGCAUUUAAAUUUGCAAAAGCUCACAAAUUCAGUGUUCUGUAUAAAUAUGAACCCCAUAGCUGACAUAAUAGUGCAAAUGGACUGAAAG